UUUGUACCGGCCGGAAUACUCUGCAACGCACCAAGUCACCGGAAGUUCAUAACUCCAACCGCUCAUGUGGCCUAUGUUGACAACAAGAGACAGUGUUGCGGAUUCACGACAUAUAUAAGCUUAAAAAUAAAACAUGUCCGACAACGAAGAUAACUUUGAUGACGGAGACUUCGAUGAUGCCGAGGAGGAUGAGGGGUUAGAUGACCUGGAAAACGCGGAAGAGGAUGAUCAGGAGAACGUGCAGAUCCUUCCCGCAGGAGAGGGCCAGCAGCCGAACCAGAAGAGGAUCACGACGCCGUACAUGACAAAGUACGAGCGGGCCAGAGUGCUGGGCACGCGGGCUCUUCAGAUAGCGAUGUGCGCUCCAGUCAUGGUGGAGCUGGAAGGAGAGACGGACCCUUUGCAAAUAGCAAUGAAGGAACUCAAGAGCCGUAAGAUCCCGAUCAUCAUUCGCAGGUACCUUCCUGACGGGAGCUAUGAGGACUGGGGCUGUGAUGAGCUCAUCAUAACUGACUAACCUGUUCAUCCAGUCUGCAUCAGCCAGCGUUAAUGCUGGGUCAUACCCACAGUUAGAUCAGGUCAGUGAGCUGCUCGACCCCAGAAGACUCUUAACUGAUGAAUUCUUCCCCCACAUAUACUUUGAUUCAACCCACAACCUUAUCAUGACUCAGACCUGUUCCUAGUCUGAGGACUAGAGAAAAGUAAUUGUUGUUUGCUUUCUGACCCUCUGACCCACUAUGUUAACAGACCAUUUAAGUCAGAUUCCUAAUUUAACUUUGAUGUGCUUAUUAUUUUUAAUAGAUGCAUUAUAACUAAAAGCCACAAGGGGGAAAUGUGACUUAAAGUCUUUCAGAUAUUUAGUUUUAACAGUUUUGUUUUGUAAUUGUUUCAUGAGUGUGAUUUAAUCAGGGUUAAGUCUAACGAAGUGUUGUUGUAAUAAAGUGUUUUGUACAAAC